CACGUUCUGGAAAGUUGACGAGCCUUCCAUGAUCUUUUUUUUUUUUUUUUGCAUUAAGUUGGUCCGGCCUACUUUCUAGUAGUUCACGCCACACAUAAGGACCGAGUCGGUGCCUUUUCUGCUCCACUGUGUUUGUGUUUUAGUGAGUUUUUGGUGUACAUGUUCCGGUUUUUUGCAUUUUUAACGGGAGUGUGGAAAAGGAGGCCGUUGUGGAGCCAAGCUAGCUAAACAUCGACAUAAACAACAAACAGCAAAAGGGGGCAGGGCAGUUUAACAGGUCAGUGUCGUUUACAGUUAUUAGCCUGAGUGCCUCCCAUCACACCAACGCCUGGAUGGGUUGCAGUGCCAAAAAAAGGAGGUUAAUGGCUGAGACCGAGGUGGACUUUUCAGAGACUAUGUGUCCUGCAUCGUCUGCUCAGCAAGUUGGCCUUUGUAGUCCACAGCCCUGCUCAGCAUCUCAGAACUUCACUUUACCACAGCCCUCCUCUUCACCUCCUCGAACGGAGACGGAGAGCUCCUGCAUGGAGAUAGAAUCAGCUCAGAGGAGACUACAGGAGAUCGAAGACAGGUAUGGAUCAGCACUCAAAACUGCUGGACUCCAAACUUCAAACGUUUGCAACAAGCCACCUGGGAACUUAAGAAUAACACUUGAAGAUGAUGAUGAUGAAGAUCUUGAUGUAGAGCCCACUCAAAGACGACCAGUGCUGGUGAUCUCGGACAGUUUGAAGGAAGGUCUGCAGUGUGGCAUCAGUGACAUCCUCCCCCAAACCGUGGCCCUGUCAGUGACUCAUUCAGGUAUGGAGUUGGUGCUGUGGCGUCCUCCAGAAGAUCCCUUCUGUCAGAGGCUGAAGAACUCGUUACAGAAACAGCGAAAACAACAGAUCGCGUCCAGACAACCUCCUACUCCAUGUCCUUCUCCCUCCCUCAGCCCCCCGAGCCCACCUGCAGACACAAGCUGCUCCCCCCUGUACAGUUUCCCUGUUCUCAGUGCUGCAGAGGAGGAAAUGGAACUCUAGUGGUGAGCUCUAAUUUCACGAGCUCUACCAGAAGGGUGGAUGACUGGUCAGACUGGCCUGUUGGGUCAGGAAUGUUGGCCUUGUGUGAAGCUGUUUUUGUUCAUCCUGUUCAUUCAUUCAUCAGUUAGUCUCCAGACUGGUGCGUGUGAACGUCUGGGCCACUCGUGAUGGAUGAGAAUACGGCGUACAUCUACGCUGGUCAUCAGUGAGCAAAACGAAUCAAAACUCUCUCCUCACAGCAUGAAUUCCUGUUUUCAGUCGGCUGAUACCUCCUGCUGCCGGUGAGGAGUUUGUAAAAGACUCAAACAUUAUUUUUUCUAUUAUUAUUAUUAUUUGCUUGUAUUUUUAUAUGUUCUUAACCAGAACUGCAAUGAGCCAUAGUGUAAUUACAUUUUCUUUUUUCAAUAAAACGUAUUGUUCAUGCAGA